AUGUCUUCGAGCCGCGGACUUACUGUUGCGGGCCUGGCGGUAGCUGGCGGAGUCGGGUACUAUCUCUAUAACGCUGGUGGCAACCCCAAGGUCGCUCAGAAGAACCUCGAGGCCGAUGCCUCCAAGUUCUCCUCACAGAUAAAGAGUGAAAUCCCGGGAAGAGAAAAAGAAGCCGAGAAGAAAGGGGAAGCCAUCGCUUCUCAAGCAGGCCAGAAGUUUGACCAAGCUUCUGCUGACGCCAAAGCCAAACUCACCGAAGCCGAAGCAAAAGCAAGAGAGGUUAGCCAGAAGACAGGAAGUCAGAUCAACAGUGCCAUCGACAAGUUCGAUAAAACGGUGGAAGAAAAGGCCGCAAAGGCAAAGAGUGGGAUAAGCAGCUGGUUCGGAGGCAGUAAGUAG